CAUGGAAAUUGUUGCCACUUUUUUUAAUAUAAUACAAAUGAAGCAGAGCUUCCAAGUCAAACCUUCCACUCUCUGAUCACUCCAAAUCAACGUCAAUUAUAACGGUUGUCGCCCACUCGCCCUCUCUCUUCUUUAACGACACAUAGACUUCUCUUGCUAAACCCUAAAAAAUGGUGGAUUCAACUCCCGGUAGCUUGAUGAAGAGCUUAGCCAUCCAAAUCCUAACUGGAAGAUGGUUCAUGUUCUUCGCAAGUCUCUUAGUUAUGUCCAUGGCUGGAGCCACUUACAUGUUCAGUCUCUAUUCAAGCGAUAUCAAGAAAACUUUAGGCUACGACCAAACAACUCUGAAUCCCCUCAGUUUUUUCAAAGACCUCGGAGCCAACGUCGGAGUCCUCGCGGGUUUACUCAAUGAGGUGACUCCGCCUUGGGUCGUUCUCUUAAUCGGAGCAGUCCUUAACUUCUUUGGAUACUUCAUGAUUUGGCUCGCCGUUACAAAACGAAUCUCGAAACCUCAAGUUUGGCACAUGUGUCUCUACAUCUGCGUCGGAGCCAACUCUCAGGCUUUCGCUAACACUGGAUCUCUCGUCACGUGCGUUAAGAACUUCCCGGAGUCACGUGGGGUUAUCUUGGGGAUUCUCAAGGGCUAUGUUGGUCUUAGUGGCGCCAUUAUUACACAGCUCUACCAUGCCUUUUAUGGUGAAGAUACAAAAGCCCUUAUCUUGAUGAUAGGUUGGUUGCCCGCAGCAGUCUCGAAUUAUCCAACAUCGUUUGCGUUUUUGAGGACGAUAAGAAUAAUGGAAGUGCAGAGACAAACCAACGAGGUUAAAGUGUUCUAUAACUUCUUCUACAUAUCGCUCGGCCUCGCGACGUUUCUUAUGUUAGCCAUCAUCAUUGACAAACUCUCUGGCUUUACACGGAGCGAGUUUGGAGGCAGUGCCGCGGUGGUGAUCGUCUUACUUCUUUUGCCCAUCAUAGUCGUCUUCUUGGAAGAGAAGAAGCUUUGGACGGAGAAACAAGUUGCCCUUAACGAUCUAGCGCAGAUCAAUAUAGUCCCCGAGAAGUCCAACAUAGACUCAUUAAAAGAUGAAAAUGAAGGGUCAGAAAAGGAGGAGAGGGUGAAAAUGAAGUCGUGUUGGACGACUAUGUUUAACCAACCCAAGAGAGGAGAAGACUAUACGAUAUUACAAGCGUUGUUUAGCGUAGACAUGUUAAUAUUGUUCUUAGCAUCAAUAUGUGGUGUGGGAGGGACUUUGACGGCGAUAGACAAUUUGGGUCAAAUAGGAAGCUCAUUGGGUUAUCCGAAGAGAGGCAUAAGCACGUUUGUGUCACUCGUGAGCAUAUGGAAUUACUUUGGUCGUGUGGUCUCUGAGAUCAUCUUGGUCAAAUACAAAUUCCCAAGACCUCUAAUGCUCACAAUGGUCCUCCUCUUGUCAUGCGCUGGGCACCUCCUCAUAGCUUUUAAUGUCCCUGGUGGACUCUACGUCGCAUCAGUCAUCAUAGGGUUCUGCUUUGGUGCACAAUGGCCGCUUAUAUUCGCUAUCAUCUCCGAAAUUUUCGGGCUUAAGCACUACUCCACAUUGUAUAACUUUGGGUCGGUAGCAAGUCCGGUCGGGUCUUAUUUGCUAAACGUUAGGGUCGCUGGCUAUUUGUACGACGUGGAGGCGGAUAAGCAGAACAAGACAUUAAGAAUAACGAGAAAGGGUGUGCAAGAUUUGAGUUGCAUAGGCACAUCUUGUUUUAAGUUGUCUUUUAUAAUAAUUACUGCGGUAACUUUGUUCGGUGUAUUUGUGUCGACGAUUUUGGUGAUCCGGACCAAAACGUUUUACAAGAGUGAUAUCUACAAAAAGUUUAGAGAAAAAGCCUUUGCCGCCGAGAUGGAGAUGGCAGCGCCGUCUCCAGUGGUGGAGAAAGAUAAGGAUGAUGCGAAAGGCAAAGUAUUAGGCAAAGGAGGGUAA